CCGGAAGUAGACGUCACCAGUGCCAACUGCCAGCCAACUAGGCUUGAUCGAGCUGCACUUUUAGCAAGAGGAAAAAAAGCAUUUUUCACUGUCUCCGACGUUCACCCUUUACACUUUUUCACAUUGGGUUGCAACACGUUCAAAAGUCAUCUAGCGUCAUACUACGUCGAUUAUGUACACAAAGAAUUGACUUGUUAUCUUCCUUUGUUGCAGUGUCAUUCAUUAUUUAAACCAUAGUGUAAGUAGCACCAAUUCUCGUAUACAAAUAUGUUUCUGUGGGACUGGUUCUCAGGAGUUUUAAGUUAUCUUGGGCUAUGGAAGAAAAGUGGCAAACUUCUGUUUCUUGGUUUAGAUAAUGCAGGCAAAACUACAUUGUUACACAUGCUGAAAGAUGAUCGCCUAGCUCAACAUGUGCCUACAUUGCAUCCAACAUCCGAAGAGCUGUCUAUCGGUAACAUAAGGUUCACUACUUUUGAUUUAGGAGGUCACACUCAAGCACGCAGAGUAUGGAAAGAUUAUUUUCCAGCAGUAGAUGCCAUAGUAUUUCUCGUAGACGCUAGUGAUAGAUCUAGAUUAGCAGAAUCGAGAGCCGAGCUUGAUGCAUUGUUGGGCGAUGAGCAGCUCAGUACUUGUCCAGUUCUUGUUUUGGGUAAUAAAAUUGAUAAGCCGAAUGCAGCAUCAGAAGAUGAGCUUAGAAAUUUCUUUAAUCUUUAUGGUCAAACAACGGGCAAGGGCAAAAUCGCACGUAAUGAUAUACCCGGUCGUCCAUUGGAAUUAUUUAUGUGCUCGGUAUUAAAAAAGCAAGGUUACGGCGAGGGCUUCCGUUGGCUCGCUCAGUAUAUCGACUGAAUGCACAUAAUAAUCGAAACACUCUGAUUCCUAGCAGUUUCAAACUCAUUUCCCUUUCCUCUGUUUCAUUGUGGAUAACGGUAUUAAAACGAUAGGACAUUAUCCUUACAAGUAUUGAACAGUGGAAAAGGAAUAUGUUUAAUGCUACAAACUGCAGUAACAGAUUUGAGACAGUGCACAUAAAAAAAAAAAAAAAAAAGAAAAAGACGAAUAUUCUUGGAAACAUAACAUAACGAGCAAGCGCGAUAGGACUGAUUUUCUUUGAUAUGAUAAUAUCGUAUGGUGACGUACAUUCUUAUUUUACGUUUGCAAGCGAUUUUUAGUUCCAUACAAAUUCCUGGAAUUUAUCGUUCUCCAAUUAAUAUUAGAUCCACGUACACGCUGAACACCAAUCUGAACAUUUUGAUAAAUAAAAAUAAUAAAAAUUCUAAUCGCAAGUGUUGCCAAAUUCCUUUGUUCUAUUGCGACAGUAUUGGUAUUUCGAUUUUUACUGAAAUUAUUUUCUAUAAAUAUACAGAAGAACUUUUAAACAAUCGGGCAGUCUCUUAUCUUUCAUUCUCUUUAUCGUGUCUUCAUAUUAUUCUUUGAAGUGCUUUUCUCAUACCUAUUAUCUUUUUCUAUUAAUUUAAUAAAAGACCAUCCCUCUUAUAGUUUUAAUCUUAUGUUUUAACCAAGAUAUACGCGUUUAAAUAUCAUUUCAAAAGUAAAAAAUGUACUUGAUACAUUUGUCGCGUGCUGUGAAUUCUCAAUUAAACGCAAAUGCGCAGGAUAUUAUUUAAUAUUAUCUUUGUUUCUUGUCAUUGUAUAUACGUAACACUGCUGUUUCAGAGCUUUUUCGUUGCUAUCUCAAAUAUAGUUAGUUUAUAUCGAAUCGUCAAAAUAGUAUCAUACUUACGCGUUUAAAUAUUAAUUGUUAAUUUUAAUUGUUUAUAGGUAAUGGGAAAACUACCGUAUAAAAUUUAACGCGAUUUCUUGUUAAUCAAACGAAUUUAUCAAUAUCUCGUAACUCUUUCAGAGUUCAAAAUCAAAAGCAUUAAUAUAUGGCAAAACAUUUUUUAUGUAUUGGUACUCUACUAUAGUUAUAAGUACUUAUAAUGUUUUCGUCUUCAUUUUACACAAAUAAAGCAUAUUGUUUAUAACA